AUGCCUAAACAACGCGAUUAUUACAAGAUACUGGGAGUGUCUCCCAAAGCAACACAACAAGAAAUUCGCAAUGCAUACAAAAGGGAAUCCCUGAAGUCUCAUCCAGACAGAGUUCCUGUCGAUUCACCAGAGAGGGCGGCUCGGACACGCAAGUUCCAGGAGAUUAGCGAUGCUUAUUACACGUUGUCAGAUGUAUCACGCCGACGGGAGUAUGAUGCGAUGAGGAUGGCAGGCGGUGUCGAGGAGGAAGAGGAGGAAGUACCCCGUGGAGGUGCAGGAGGAUUCCCCUGGUCUGCUUUUGGCUUUGGCACGGCCGAUAGUGAGCAACGCGCAUCCGAGCAAUUCGGGUCGGUGUUUGAAGAAAUGCUGCGUGAAGAGGGCCUAGCCAGCGAAGGCACAGAUGCUGACGGUCAGACUCGUUCACACCCGACGUCUCGGUUCUGGUCCGUUAUAGGUGGGAUUAGUGGUGGUGCUCUCGGUUUUAUCGUAGCCAAUGCUCCAGGAGCAUUGGCUGGCGCAGUUGCUGGCAAUCGUCUUGGUGCAGUGCGAGAUGCCAAAGGAAAGAGUGUUUACGAUGUUUUCCUCCAGCUUCCUCAGACCGAUCGUGCACGGCUUUUGAGUGAAUUAGCAGCCAAGGUUUUUCAGACGACUAUGGGCCGCUGA